AUGGAGAAUCUCACCUUGAAGGAGUCGAAGCGGAUACUCACCAUGGCUACUCACAUUAUAGUUGAUCCUUGGCCAGUAGAUUCCGAAAUCUCGGUGCGUGUUAAUUUGGAGAAGGAGUUCCUGAUUGAUGAAGAUCAAUUCGCCGCUGAAAUAGAGGCAAAAAGUCAAAAGCUUUGCUCGUUGCCCGAGCCUAGGGUUCCUAAGUUGUUUAUGAAUGUUCGUGAUAUAUCUAUCUUCUCAAAUGUGAAAUCAUCUUUACUAUGUGUGGAUACUAACCCCUUGUCAACAGUUGUGUACACUGGUCCUCUUCCGAGGUUUAAGAACCCUAUGCGCGACUCUAGCAUUGUUUCUCAAUCAAGGCCUCCACCUGCUUCCUCUGGUUUCUCAAUUAGAGAUCUCAUUCCGCACUCUGGUGAACCACUCUCUCCUUCUCAAAGGUCUGUCUUGGUGGAUCUUGUCUCCAACUUACCAAAACCCCCAUCCUCCACUCAAUCUGUUCCCAUUGUGUCUGUCCCUUUCCAAAAAGAUCCUCCUAAGUCACGAAAAGGUAAAGCCAAAAUUGGGUCUGUUUCCACACUAGUGUUCUCCAAAAGAAAAGCUUCUGAAUUUGAGGAUGAUGACUUAGUUAUCUUGUCUGAAGUUAGGAAACAUCGGUCUACACCCUCUGGCUCUGUUCGUUUGACUCGGUCUAAAAUAGGUUCUCCAACCCCGGUCAUUCCUCCAGUCCCUGUGUCUAAACCAGUUUCUAAGUCUGCCACGAAAUCGACCAAAAAGCCAUCCCAGAAAUCUAAAUCAACCCCAGCUUCCAAAGCCUCUUCUUCCAAACAGCCUAAACCUAAGGUAUUCCAACCUACGUUGCAUCUGCCUGAACUUCAAGACUUGUGGGAGCUCAAUCUAUCUCGAUCUCUUCUUGUUGAGAAGGUGAUUGAUGUGGACAAUAUGCUAUCGCUUUGCAACAUUAUCACUCUUCUUCGUGAUCAGACUCUUCUCGACACUGUUCGUGGCAAAGACACUUACUCUAUGUGGCUUACCCCAAAAUUCUACACAAACCUCUCCUCUGAUUCUGCUCUAGCCUCUUCACCUCACUAUCAUCAGGUGUAUGCUCGUGGAAGAUGGUUUGAUUUCAGUCCUGUAGUGAUUAACAGGUACUUCAACCAGACUGCCUUCGAAGAGGAUUUUGAACCUGGGUUGGAUGUUUUGGCUUCGAGUCUCACUCAUGCUGCGGUUACUACCUGGCCUUCCGCUGAUCUGCUCUCUACUUUGCUCACCACGAUAUACUCUGUCCUAUUUAGACUUGUCUGUAGCAAUUGGCUUCCAUUUGUUGCUCUGCAUUGUGUUAGCAAGAAGAUGGUUGUGCUUCUCUAUAAGAUUCGGCACAAGAUUAACUUUGAUCUUGGUUCUCUGAUUUACAAUCAUAUCAUGGGUUUUACAAAGGGUAAAGAGCCAAAGGUCCAUCUGCCGUUUUCAUGUUUGAUCUAUGGCAUCCUGAAGGAGAAAGGUAUUCAACUCUAUGAGAAUGAACAUGAGUAUGCUAUUUAG